UGACGCCGCGUGCGCUUUUUAUAGCAAGCCGCCGUCGGCACCUUUUGAAUCGACUUGUUUCUAUGGUAUCAUUUGUUUUAUACUAUCUUUAAUAAAAUACCCCCUUUAAAAGUAAAUUUAGUAAUUGAUAUAAUUUAGCAAAAUACUUUACAAUGGAAGGCGAAGAUAAUAGCGAAAAUGAGUUGUAUGAAGUGGUUCCAAAGAAAAUGAAAACAGAAUGGUCUAAAAGCUAUUCCAACAAAGCUAUGGAAAUGAUGAAAAAAAUGGGAUACGAAACUGAUAAAGGUUUAGGUAAACAAAGUCAAGGACGUCUCGAACCUAUUGUUGCGUUUCAACAGGAUGGUAGACGAGGAUUGGGUUUAAAACAUGAGUCUGUACAGCACCAAGGAGAACACUGGGAUCCAAAUAUUGAAAAGAUAACUGUACCUGAAGUUGUUUCCUGGAUUUCUUCAAGUAACAAUUUUACACAAAGUAUCCAACAAUUAAUGUGCUGGAUAAGUUUUGGCGAACGCAAGGAAACUUUAGAUGAUGAAACAUUAUUUGUUGAACCUGAAAUUUUAAAUGCUAUUUUAGAAGCAAAGACUGUGUUUGACAAACUCAAUGAAAAUGAAUUGAGGAAAGCUAGAUCUCGAAGUAAUCCAUUCGAGACAAUUCGAAGUUCUAUUUUCCAAAACAGAGCAGCAGUAAAAAUGGCUAAUAUUGAUUCAAUGUUGGAUUUUAUGUUUACAAAUCCUAAAGAUAAAAUGGGGAAUUCUCUUAUACACGAUAAUGAUCUUUUGUACUUUGCUGAUAUUUGUGCAGGUCCUGGAGGAUUUUCGGAGUAUAUAUUGUAUAGAAAAUCAUGGGAAGCAAAAGGAUUUGGGUUUACACUUCGAGGGGCAAACGAUUUUAAGUUAGAUAAAUUUUCAGCAGGAUCACCUGAAUCAUUUGACCCAUUCUAUGGUAUACAAGGGGAUGGUGAUGUUUAUGUGGAAGCAAAUCAAGAUUCAUUCGCUAGCUAUAUAUUUAAACAUUGUGAAGAAGGCGUUCAUUUCGUUAUGGCAGACGGUGGAUUUUCAGUUGAAGGUCAAGAAAAUAUUCAAGAGAUAUUAUCAAAACAGCUUUAUUUAUGUCAAUGUCUCACAGCUCUUAAAAUUUUAAGGUGCAAUGGAAGUUUUGUUUGCAAGCUAUUCGAUAUUUUUACGCCGUUUAGUGUAGGUCUGGUAUAUUUAAUGUAUCAGUGUUUCGAAGAAAUAGCAAUAAUAAAACCAAAUAGCAGCCGUCCCGCCAACUCGGAAAGAUAUUUAGUAUGUAAAUGGAAAAAAUCCGACACGGAAGUUAUAUGUAAAUACUUAAAUUUAAUCAAUAACCAUAUAAACAAACAAAGCGACCGAGAUGUGUUAGAAAUUGUAGAUUUAGAUGUCAUUAUGCAAGACGAAGAUUUUUUUAAAUAUAUAAAAGAAUCCAAUAAUUUAAUAGGUAGCAAUCAAAUAAUUGGAUUGAAAAAAAUAUCAGCAUAUUGUAAUAAUCCACUAUUAAAAGAAACUAGGCAAACUGAAUUUCGAAAAAAGUGCUUAGAACUUUGGAGAUUACCUGACAAAUUACGACAGGCUCCUGAGAAUAAAUCAGUUGAAAAGUUUCUAGAAGAAUUUCUAAAUAAUUGGUACGAAGAUAAAGUAUGGUUUAAUUCUACUCCUGUCGAGUUAGUAUCUUCAUCAAUGCUAAACAAAUGGAUAGAAAGCAUACAUGAUUGGUAUUUUGUACCAAUAGGGCGAGGAGAAACAAGUGCGAACGCUUGUAGCUUUUUUAUUUGUACAACAAGAGGAAAAUUGCUUAGGUACACCGAUAUGAAAAAGUGGGAACCAGUGGAAUAUAUGUUUGAAUUAUCUCCAAAAUCUUUAUUUUAUGGAGAACUUGUAUUUGAAUAUAAUGGCGAAGGAAGAACACAAACUAGAACAUGCAGUUUACACAUAAUUGAUGCAAUUAUGUUAGGUGGUAAGGAUGUAAGAAGAUUAAGGUUAAAUGAACGUUUAUCAAUGUGUACAAAGUUUGCAAAGAGUAUAAAUAAGCCAUAUAAAGAAGGCGGUGUAUCAUUACUUCGCUGUAAAAGGCUUUUCAAAUUAGAAGAUAUUGAUGAAUUCUUUGGCACGAUGCGUCAUUACAGAUUAAAGGAUGGCGCUCAACGUCUUGGAAUAUCAUUAAAUGAUACGGAUACAAAAUUUUUUGUUCCUGGUGGAAUACUAUUGUUUUGUGAAAUAUGCCAUUAUUUUUUCUCGAUAAUGUCAAAAUCGCAAAAUAUGCUGUACUACUAUAACAAAACUAGAAACGCAUCUUAUUAUAAAAAUAAUAUGCCUGAUGAAAUGCAAAAUAUAUUGUACGCUUCUUUUCGAAAUAGUUUUAUAAGGCGACUACUUUGGAAAUGGACGAAUACAUAUCAAGUCGAAGAAAGAAGUAAUAAAGUGGAUGAUCAUAUUUUAUACAGAGAUGAUUUUAUACAAUACAUUGUACGAAAACGAAAUAUGUAAAUUUUACAAAACGAAUAACUAUUUUAAAGAUAGUUCUUCAUAUUAUAACAUUAUUUAUUUUUUAAAUUCA